AAUCUUGCAGUUACUAUUUAUUAUAUACGGUAAUAUAGGUAUAUCGGAAAAAUGGCGACCGAUGGCCAUGAUGAAGUGGUGGGAGCAAAUGAUUCCAUGAUUUCGAACAACAGCCCUUAUCAAGCAACAACAGAUCCCGUUCCUCAUAGAGGCACAAUAUGUGGAGGUCUUAUACUUGACAAAUUGUAUCUGAAAUCUCUGCCAGGGAUUCUAAAGAUGGUUGAGAUACUACUUUGCAUCAUCAUUUUGAUAUGUCUCGGUGCUGCACAAGUUUGUUCUGGCUCCUGUUCCGGGUUUGGCUUUCUUCGGGGCAUGGCUAUAGGUGCCAUGAUCUUCACUCUAAUUCUACUUAUUGUGUUUGCACUCACUCUCAACAAACAACUCACAUUUAUCCAUUGGUCGGGAACAGACUUACUCAAUUCUGCCAUUGAUGCUUUACUCCUGAUUAUUGCCAGCAUAGUACUUGCAACACAGAGUGCUACUGCGGCUGAAACUGCAGCAGUUGUGUUUGGGUUCUUUGCUGCUAUUAUAUAUUGUGUAAGUGCAUGGAUGGCGUAUAGAGUUUGUCGGGUGGAUUACCACAAAAGAAAAUCUAAUGUUGGACAUACACAAGGAAUACCCCAGGCUUGAGAUCCUUAAAUAGAGGGGGUUGUUAACUAUAACCUUUCAUUGAUCUUUUAUACAAGACAAUAAUGGAGAAGAACAAAGUAUGGUGCUAGAUAUUACUCAUGACAAAAACUACUGUAAUCGUUUGUAUAAUUAACUUAUUACCAGAUGUCUACUGUUUUUUUAUAUUUCAUUCCUUUGUAUAUGAAGCAGUUUGAUUCUUCUACUCUAUAAUUAAUCCAUCUGUUUAAAUUUUCAUCAUCAUGGGAUAUUUUUCCUUAGGUGCUGUCAUGAUUUUUGCUGUAAUCGACAAGAAUCAUUCAUAAUAAAUAUUAAAGCCAGCAGGAAUCACAUGAUAACCCCCCCUCAAACCAUGAAAAAAAAUGUCAUUUAAAGUAUUUUCUAAAGAAAGCAUUUUUGCAAAAGACUUUUUUGCAAAGUGUUCUAGAUUAUUGAAACUUCUGAGUACAAUCAUACACAGACAGAAGUUCAAGUGUUGAAUAAAUUUUCUUCAUUUCUGACGAUUAUAAAUAGAAGUUCAUGAUUUAUAGACAUUGACAGGAAACUUGGUCAAUUAUAUGUUAAUUUUAAAUAUAGUUUUUCGAAUCUAAUUACUUAUUGAAUUUUUCCAGAAUAUUCAAUAUGUACCAUUUCCCUACAACAGCACUGAAUAUUUAUUAAAGUCCAAAACAAAACUUUUUUUUUUUAUUUCGGUCUGACUCGAAUAAACAGGAUUUUGGUUUGCGGUUUGAGAUUGAUUACAUGCUUUCCAGUAAAAAGAAUUUUCAAUGAGUGGCCGUCAUGCUAUUGAUUAUUACUAUUAAAUAUUACUUUUUCAAGAGUUUUUAGCCCAUUCUGAAUUGAAAUUGAUUUAUAGUCCUGUAAAAUUGUACCAUGUCUCACUGUACACUGCACUGUACUGAAUACCACCAUUUUUCCCGAAGAUUCAAAUCUAGACUAGUCUGGGAUUUCAUCUUGUAUUUUCAUUAUUUUCUAACCAAGGAAUAAAGCCUUGAUUUGGCAUUGAACUGAUAUGUUUUCUAUAUAUAGAUGACUUAAUGAAUGACAUUCCAUAGCUUUUAUUUGUGAGCCAUAGAGCUAAACACUGCAUUGUGAAAAUCAUAUAUAGCGGUAUAUAUAUAUUUCUAAAGAUGAUAUUCUAAUACUCUGACUAGGAAAAUAUCUUUGCAAGAUACGGUUGCAUACCGAUUCUCUGUUUGGUAUUAUUUAAUGAAUAUCAAUAAUCUAUUCACCAAUUUUUUCAUAAUGGAUUUUAAAUGAAGGUUUACAGAAUCUUAUCAUUACCUAUUUCUAUUAACACUGAAAUUGCAUUGUGUGCUAUUCUAGAAAUAUAAUUAACAAUAUAUGAAUGCAUUUUUUAUUAUCAAGAAAUCUGUAACAUGAUGUAAAUACUACCUAGCACUGAAGCAUUGUACAAAUGUUGGAUAUUACCUUAAUAAGAUUAAGUUCAUGUUAAAUCUCUGUAAUCAUGUUUUGUCUGAAGCCAAGCUUUCAUUCAAUUAAGUAUGCUUUUGAAGUUAAUCCCUUCACAUCAUUGUUUACUCUUGUUAUCUCUAAGGUCCAUCAAAGAUAUGACUUGACUAUUUUGGUUCGAAAAAAAAAACUACAAGUGAGUGAAGAAUAUGCCCUUGAAGUAGCAAAAAUAUCAGUUAUUUUAAUUCUUUCCCAAGAGGGCCAUUUUUCUUGUUUAAACUUUAGCAAUUGGCUUCAUAAACUUGUAAUCGUAAUGUGAUAUAUGUAGUAAAUUUUCUUGAUUAUAGUAGGACUGUGUAUUCCAAGCUUGGUUUUUAUGAAGUGAGACUGAUAGAGAUUUCAAUUAUGUGGGGUUAUGAUGGAUGUGUUUCUAUAUAUUUUUUAAAAUAAAUGUCAAUGAAGUGUUCUGUACAUAGCA